GUUCCGCCUGGGCCCUCCCUCCCGGAGUGUCUUGUCUCUAGGGUUCCGUCGGGCUUGGCGGUUACACCCGGCCCCGUGUCGUGACGACUCCCGGAGCUCCAGGGCCGCCGGAGCCCCCGCCGCUCUCAGCUUAUCCCGGCGAGGGCGAGGGUCGCUUCGAGUGUAGGCUGAGUUAAAGAUGCCUCGGAGGAAGAAGAAAGUUACAGAAACUACUGAAUCUGAAAGAUUGGAGGAGGAGAAUCAAACUCUCAAAGUAAAGAAGAUGGAAAAUUUAUUCAUUGUCAUAUCUGAUAGUGAUGAGGAACCUGGGGGAAGAGAAUGGAUUGCUGAGGACAAGGACAAUGCAGCAGUCGGAUAGAGCGAAGUGUGCAGCCAAAAGAAGAAUUACACAGAUGACAGAAGAUGAACAGUUUGCUUUGGCUCUGAAAAUGAGUGAACAGGAAGCACAGCAAGUGAAUGACCAGGUGGAAGAAGAAGAGGAGCUCUUAAGGAAGGCCAUUGCUGAGAGCCUGAAUAGUUGCCAGCCUUCGAAUUCUUCUGCUACAAGCCCUGCACCUUUGUUCACUGGAAUACCUGCACAGUACCACCAGGAGAAACCAGUGGUUUCUGAGACUGCUGAAUGCUUGUUUCCUUGUCCUGAAUCUCCACACUCAUCUGUCACAUCCCUGUCACAGGGAUCUCAAUCUGAACAGACAGAAAUGCCCAAAAGUCCUCUGGUGAUGCUGAAGAGGUUAAGUCAAGAAAUAGUUGAAAGCUCAUUAUUAUCAAGCAUAAUUUUAUCUCAAGAAAAGAUCCAGCCUUCACUUAAAUCCAGUGAAGCACCUUCUUCACCCAUGUUAAAUGACUCUAGUGAUAAUUUAUCAAGUCCUCCUGGUAAAAAACAGUUUGUCCUGAGUCCUACCUUUUCUCGAGUACCUAUAGGAACAUGGCAGCUGGUACCUCGGAAAUUGUUUGCAAACUCAUGUGUUAGCCAAGAAGAGGAGAUUGAGGGAAGAGAGAACUGUUUGGAUCACAGUGGAAUCUUGGAAAUGCAGCCAAUCACUGACAGUUCAGGAACUGGGGAUAAACCCACCAAGACAGUUCUUCAGAGUAAGAACUCUAACUUUUUUGACAGUGGAACUAGCCAAUGGGCUAAGGAUAUAAAGUGUAAACAGCUUGAAGAAAAUAGUAGACUAGGCUGUGGUUCUCUCAUGGCUAUACGAGGGAAAGGAAAGGCAUCUCAACUCUGCCUCCCUAGCACAAUUGAUGUCAAGAGUCUGCAGGAGGAAAUUGGAGGCACUGUGCACUAUUAUUGGGGCAUCCCAUUCUGUCCUAUUGGAAUGGACCCUAACCAGUAUACUAAGGUUAUUCUGUGUCAGCUAGAGGUUUAUCAGAAAAGCCUGAAAUUGGCUCAGAGGCAACUUUUUCAGAAAAAAGAGUUUGGAGAGCCAAUAUUACCCAGCUUUCAUUCUCUGCUGCAAAAGGAUCAUGAUGAAAGAGAGCGAGCCAAAGGAGUAAAUGAAGCUAUCACAAAAGAGAUAGGAAAUAACACAGAAGCAAGGAGAGAAUCAAGGGCAUCUACCUUGCGCCGAAAAAGUAAGAAUCCCUGCAGGAGCCCAUUGCAGAAUUUGAAAGAAAAGCCUUUGUUGGAGGAAGAACCAACAACCAGUCACCAUCAGAAUUCCCAGGUCCUAUUUGCUGAGGAUACACCUGAAGAGGAUGAAAUGAUGACAGUUACAUCAAGCCCCACUGCUCUAAGCCUGUUGACCACUAAGAGAAGCCCAGUCAUUGCCAGGGGAAGCUCUGCAGAAGAGAUCACUGUUUGCCCAGAGACACAGCUAAGUCCAUCUGAAGUUCUUGAACUAGAGAGAGAAGAGGGGUGCCUAUCUAGUAAAGAAAGACCUGUUAAGGCUGCUGUCAAUGAAAAUAUUGAGAAGGAAAUGUCUGCCUCCAUCUUCUCGGCCCAUAUCCAGGUGUCCUGCCCAAUGUGUGACCAGGGUUUCCCGCCCACAGAAAUUGAGCUGCAUGCCAUGUAUUGCAAUGGUUUAGUGGGGGAGGAAAGCAGACACUCACCAGUGUUGACUCGGAAAAGGAAACGGGCCAUGAGUAAGAGUGACACUGGGAGAGAGAUCCAGCCAUCCCUAGACAUUGACAAGAGUGAGAAAUGUUACCUCUGCAAAUCCCUGGUUCCUUUCAAAGAGUAUCCAAGUCAUGUAGACUUCUGCCUUCAGAUUGCAGCAGAUAACCAGGGAAACAAACUGGAAAGAGACAAUGGACAGCCUUCAGAUUUUGAAGGAAAAGGUGUGAGGCAGAGGACCACCAGGGAAGGGAAUAGGAAUGGAGGCCGACUCCUCAGCUUGUUGGAGCAAUCUGAAUAUAAGUCUGCAGAUACUGAUAUGAAGACAGAGUCAUCAGAAGGAGAAGCUUUCAGGUAUCUUCCCUCAGAGAUGGAGAAGGCAGAUUGUAGCAGAGCAGGCCAGAGCUCUUUUAACUUGAAUGACUCUCCCAUCAAGUCUUUUGUUUCUAUUUCUGAAGCCAAGGAUUGCCUAGUGGACUUUAAAAAGCAACUUUCCAUUCGACCAGGCAGUCGGAAACGGACCAAAGCAAGCAGAGGAAAGAGAAGAAAAUCUUGAGCUUCUUACAGUGGAAGGUUGACAGAUUCCUGGAAGAAAUAGAUGGCUGGACUUCUUUUAGCAGGCCCUUUACUAUUCUUUCUUUACCUGUUGAUUAGGGUCAGGCCAUACCAUUGUCAUUACAACUACGCGUCUUUAAAAAAAUAUUUUCUAUCAUCUGUAUAGGGAAACAAUGUAUAGAAUUUGUGUUUUCUAAUUGCUUGUCUGAAAUUGCUUAUAGUUAAAAGAAAAUUUAAAUAUAUUUAUGUAUGUUUAUAUGAAACUCUGAAGCAAUAAGGUUUUUCCUUUCUUUCCUUUGUUUUUGGUUCCCAAUGUCAGACAUACUAGUUUUGGAGAUAAUGAAUUACAGAUCAUGUAUUUCAGAUUUAAA